AUGGGUUUGAUCAGAACUGCUGUUUUGGUAGUUCUUUAUCACCAGUUAGUAUGGCAUGACAAUUCUAACUCUGUCCAACUGCAGGGCACUUUUAGCCAGGAUGACGCUGAGGGAUCCAGUUCUGUGAAUGCCACCUUCAGCCAAGACUCUCCUGAGGGGUCUGGUUCUGUCAACGCCACCUUCAGCCAGGACGAUGCUGAGGGGUCUGGUUCUGUAAACGCCACCUUCAACCAGGACGAUGCUGAGGGGUCUGGUUCUGUCAACGCCACCUUCAGCCAAGACUCUCCUGAGGGGUCUGGUUCUGUCAACGCCACCUUCAGCCAGGACGAUGCUGAGGGGUCUGGUUCUGUCAAUGCCACCUUCAGCCAAGACUAUUCUGAGGGGUCUGGUUUUGUAAACACCACCUUCAGCCAGGGCGAUGCUCAGGGGUCUGGUUCUGUCAAUGCCACCUUCAGCCAAGAUGAUGCUGACGGGUCUGGUUCUGUCAAAGCCACCUUCAGCCGAGACUAUGCUGAGGGGUCUGGUUCUGUCAACGCCACCUUCAGCCAAGACUAUGCUGAGGGGUCUGGUUCUGUGAAUGCCACCUUCAGCCAAGACUCUCCUGAGGGGUCUGGUUCUGUCAAUGCCACCUUCAGCCAAGAUGAUGCUGAGGGGCCUGGUUCUGUCAAUGCCACCUUCAGCCAGGAUUCUCCUGAGGGGUCUGGGUCUGUCAACGCCACCUUCAGCCAAGACUAUGCUGAGGGGUCUGGUUCUGUCAACGCCACCUUCAGCCAGGACUAUGCUGAGGGGUCUGGUUCUGUCAACGCCACCUUCAGCCAGGAUGAUGCUGAGGGGUCUGGUUCUGUCAACGCCACCUUCAGCCAAGACUCUCCUGAGGGGUCUGGUUCUGUCAACGCCACCUUCAGCCAGGACGAUGCUGAGGGGUCUGGUUCUGUCAAUGCCACCUUCAGCCAAGACUAUUCUGAGGGGUCUGGUUUUGUAAACACCACCUUCAGCCAAGAUGAUGCUGAAGGGUCUGGUUCUGUGAAUGCCACCUUCAGCCAAGACUCUCCUGAGGGGUCUGGUUCUGUCAAUGCCACCUUCAGCCAAGAUGAUGCUAAGGGGUCUGGUUCUGUCAAUGCCACCUUCAGCCAGGACGAUGCUGAGGGGUCUGGUUCUGUCAACGCCACCUUCAGCCAAGACUCUCCUGAGGGGUCUGGUUCUGUCAACGUCACCUUCAGCCAGGACGAUGCUGAGGGGUCUGGUUCUGUCAAUGCCACCUUCAGCCAAGACUAUUCUGAGGGGUCUGGUUCUGUCAAUGCCACCUUCAGCCAAGAUGAUGCUGAAGGGUCUGGUUCUGUGAAUGCCACCUUCAGCCAAGACUCUCCUGAGGGGUCUGGUUCUGUCAAUGCCACCUUCAGCCAAGAUGAUGCUGAGGGGUCUGGUUCUGUCAAUGCCACCUUCAGCCAAGAUGAUACUGAGGGGUCUGGUUCUGUCAACGCCACCUUCAGCCAAGACUCUCCUGAGGGGUCUGGUUCUGUCAACGCCACCUUUAGCCAAGACUCUCCUGAGGGGUCUGGUUCUGUCAAUGCCACCUUCAGCCAAGAUGAUGCUGAGGGGUCUGGUUCUGUCAACGCCACCUUUAGCCAAGACUAUGCUGAGGGGUCUGGUUCUGUCAACGCCACCUUUAGCCAAGACUCUCCUGAGGGGUCUGGUUCUGUCAACGCCACCUUCAGCCAAGACUAUGCUGAGGGGUCUGGUUUUGUCAACGCCACCUUCAGCCAGGACUCUCCUGAGGGGUCUGGUUCUGUCAAUGCCACCUUCAGCCAAGAUGAUGCUGAGGGGUCUGGUUCUGUCAAUGCCACCUUCAGCCAAGAUGAUACUGAGGGGUCUGGUUCUUGA